GCUCCAUUCAUAAAUUCCAUAACCUAUACGCUUUUGUUUUGACAGCUCGCAAAUGACACUCCCGCGUUACGAGCGAGCUUGUACGAUCGCGAUCGAAUUAUGAGUGAGAUUGCCCUCCCCGGAAGGCGCGUAACGCACAGCAAAGUAAAUGUUUAUUUGUUGCACAUUGUAAUAUAACUUGUAAAGAAUGUCCGCGAUUAUCGAUGACAAGGUUGUCGCGGGUGCGAAGAGUUCAAAUACUGUCAAGGAAGACCCGAUUGUGGCGUUAACGGAAAGAGUGAAAGCUCUGUAUCUCUUCCGAGAUCGCUAUUUUGAGACGCAUUCUAUUGACGAAGCGAUAAAAAAAAGCACCGACGUGGAGAAGGAGAUGAAAGACACGCUGAGCAAGUUCGACGAGUGUAAAGGUUACGAGAUUGAUGGCUCACGUGCCAAGUAUUACUAUUUAAAGGGAAAGGCUCUGAACGUGGUGGGCCACGUCAUUCCGCAGGCGGAAGAACUUUUGAGUAAAGCAGUGAAAUUGGAACCUAAAUUUAUAGAAGCUUGGAACGAGCUGGGAGAAUAUUAUUGGAAGAAUGACGACAUAAAACAAGCCAAAAAUUGUUUCGUUGGCGCUCUGCAACAUGAUAGGAAUAAAGCAUCUUUGCGAAAUUUGUCGAUGGUAUUUAGACAGGAGCCAACUUCAUCCGACGAAGAGCGAAUAAAAAAUAUUCAGCAAGGUGUGGAAUAUGCUAAGGAGGCCGUAAGCCUUGACACAACUGACGGAUACUCCUGGGCCGUAUUAGGGACUGCUUACCUGUCUUCCUUCUUCACAGUGGCGCAAAGUCCGAGUAUGUUACGUUUAUGCAUGUCGGCAUACAUGCAAGCGGAAAAAGAUAUCAUCGCAAGAAGUAAUCCUGAUUUAUUUUAUAAUAAAGCAAUAGCUCUGAAAUAUCAAGAAGAAUAUAACUUGGCGUUACAAUCGUUCGAAAGUGCAAUGGCGCUUGAUCCAUUAUGGGAAACGCCACGCAGCAAACGAGAUGAAUUACUAAAAUAUCUUAAAGAUAUACAAAAUUCAAUUAAUAAUAAUGGAUAUGUGAAACCAAAACGACUAUAUCAAUUGAUACGGGCAUUGGAUGUUAAACACUUAGGACCAUACAAAGAUGGAGCAUACACAUAUGGAGGAAAGUCUGUAAAGUUAGAUUUAAUUCCGUUACGGGAAUUAGUUAUUGGAUUGAAUACAGAAAAAGUUGUAUUUGGAAAAGUAGUUUGUUGGAUUCAAGAUUCAGAUUGCGUCCCAUUUGCUUUUUGUCUCGUGGACGAACAGAAGACAUGUAUUGUUGUCACUGUAUAUAAUCUAGCUAAAGGCCGAGGAGUUACGGUCGGGGAUUCUGUUGGUAUACCAGAACCUUUUGUUACACAUCAGAAAUUCUCUUAUAUGAAUAACGAUUUUGAUUACAAAUCUAUUCGGGUUGAAACCCCAAUUGUACUUGUGGUCAAUGGAAGAAAGUUAGGUCGAGAACAACAAGCCAGCGCAAAUUUGCAUACUUUUAAGAAGACAGAUUAAAUCUGAUGAGGAAUACGUUGAUCAAUUAUUGGAUCACGUCCUCGGUUAUCCUCAGUUGCAAAUAAUUUUCAAUCUUACCCUUAUUUUUUAAUAAAAGUAUGUAUUAUUUUUAUAAUAUAAUACUCAUCAGUAUAUUUAAGGCUUUGUGCGAUUCACGCCUUUUUAAAACAAAUAAUUGUUUUUUUAAAACAAAUAAAUUUUGUUAUAUGCGCCAAUAUAUACAUAUUGGCAAUAAUCAAAAAAAUAAGCUAAAAUAUACACUACGUUACGUCAAUUUCGUAUUUUAUAAUAAUGUAUGAGAACAUAUUAACGUGCACAUCUAAGCUGCCGCAUUUUAUAAAAUUUGUAAAAGAAAAGAUGUUAAUAUAUAUUUUUCUUCAAUUGUGCGAUAGUAAUUACGCGCAUGGUUCGCAAAAGCGGCAAAUAUAUCUACCAUUUUAUAAAAUCACAAGACUUUGAUUGUUUCUUUCAUUGAAAUUUAUGACUAAAGUAGAAAUGCCUAUAGUAUUUUAUUUAUGUUUUAAAUUGUAAAAACAUAUUUUAAUUUUAAUUCUUUAUUAUCAGAUAUUAAAACAUUCUGCAAUGUUCUUAUUGGUCUCGAGCAUUUCUGCGAGUUUUGAUGCAAACAAGAAGCUUCAAAAUAAAAGGCAAAAAAAUUAGAAGCUACCAAAAAAGGUAUGAUUCGUUACUAAUUGUAAGAGACAAACAAAGGAACCGCGAUUUGCGAUUUGCGAUUUGCAGAUCAACGAGUCCUGUGGACUCUUGUUUUAUUAUCGUGAAAAUAAUCUAUUAUGAUGAGCUUUGGUCAUUGAGGCCUCUGAUUUCGCCUAGAUUAGCUAAAUAAAGUAUAUACACGAAAGACUUUGCUGGCAAAAACAGCCGAUACUCAGAAAAUAUAGAGAACGCGAUAUAUGUAUUUACCUUACAAAACUAUAUUGUUUUUAAAAGAAUAGUAAAGUAUAGGAUGCAAAAAUAAUUUUGUUACUUUAUAGUUGCGUAUAAUUUUCAUCGAUAUUAAUUAAUAUGUUGGAAAAUCCAGUUUGCAUAUGAUGUUAUAUAUUUGUCGGUAUCUUCUAUUAUGUAUUAUAGCACG